CUUGUGGAAAAAUGUCUUGUGGAAGGGGUGUUCCUCUGUCGGAUCGACUAAACGUGGAAAAAAACAAGCUGGACGAGAGCAUUAGAAACUACUGUUUCCCAUCAGCGAGUGAAUCCAGCAUAUUGACGAGUCUUUGAUGGUUACAACAAAUGCUGCUGGACGCACCGAAGUGCAUGAAAUGAACGGAGGCGAUUUGAAGCCGGAUCUAGCUUACUUUCCCUGCAUUGAAAAGGAUUGCAAAUACAUAGGGCCAAACGCCGCAGCACUUCGCAAGCACUGUGAAAGAUGCGACCCAAGGAUUGUUGAUCAUAACGAAAAUGUUGUUGCCUGGAACUUCGACAUGUUAAAAUCUUCUCUACUUUCAGUUUCUUCACUUUAUAUCGAACCGUUUGCGUCAUCAUCUUUUCAACGUACUACACUGCCAUGAUAUAUUAGGCUCUGAGUUGUUCUUUUUUCUAGGUUGGACGUACUCAUUAUGUUUGUGGACAUGACUUGCUACGUUAUCAGUUAUUGUAGAUCAGAUGCUUUACUUCAUGCCAUCUAUCAUAUUCAAGGACGUGUUCUGUCUGUUUCUGACCGUUCCUUUCGUUGUUCGAUUUGAAUAAUAG